AUGGGUGGAUUAUUUUCUCGAUGGAGGACGAAACCUUCCACUGUAGAGGUUCUGGAAAAUAUAGAUAAGGAAAUCCAAGCAUUGGAAGAAUUUAGGGAAAAAAAUCAGAGAUUACAAAAAUUAUGGGUUGGAAGAUUAAUUUUGUACUCUUCAGUCCUCUAUCUGUUUACAUGUUUAAUUGUAUACUUAUGGUAUCUUCCGGAUGAACUUACAGCAAGACUUGCCAUGACACUCCCAUUUUUUGCUUUCCCGUUAAUCAUCUGGAGCAUAAGAACAGUGCUUAUUUUCUUCUUUUCCAAGAGAACAGAAAGAAAUAAUGAAGCAUUGGAUGAUUUAAAAUCCCAGAAGAAAAAAAUACUUGAAGAAGUCAUGGAAAAAGAAACUUAUAAAACAGCUAAGUUAAUUCUUGAAAGGUUUGAUCCAGAUUCAAAGAAAGCAAAGGAGUUUGAGCCACCAUCUGCUGGAGCAACUGUAACUCCCAGACCUGGACAAGAGAUUCGUCAGCGAACUGCCGCUCAAAGAAACCUUUCUCCAACACCAGCAGGCUCCAGCCAGGGCCCUCCUCCACAAAUUCCAGUUUCUCCUGGACCACCAAAGGACACUUCAGCCCCUGGUGGACCCCCAGAAAGAACUGUUACUCCAGCCUUAUCAUCAAAUGUGUUACCAAGACGUUUUGGAUCCCCUGCUACUUCAGUGCCUGGAAUGGGUCUUCAUCCUCCUGGUCCACCUUUAGCAAGACCCAUUCUGCCUCGAGAACGAGGUGCUCUGGAUAGAAUUGUUGAAUAUUUAGUUGGUGAUGGUCCACAGAACAGGUAUGCCCUUAUAUGUCAGCAGUGUUUUUCUCACAAUGGCAUGGCUUUGAAAGAAGAAUUUGAGUACAUUGCUUUUCGUUGUGCCUACUGUUUUUUCUUGAAUCCUGCAAGAAAAACCAGACCCCAGGCUCCAAGACUUCCAGAAUUUAGUUUUGAAAAGAGGCAGGCAUUGGAAGGCUCAAGUACAGUUGGCACCUUGCCCUCAGGAAGCGUAAUUUCAUCAGAGAACCAGAUCAAUGAAGAAUCUUUAGAAGAACAAGAUGUUCUAGAUAAUAGUACAGAACAGACAGAUGACAACAUACCAGAUACGGAGCAGACAAACCCAGUGCUUGAACAAGCAUCUGGCAUAGAGGAACCAGAGGAGAAACAAGAGACCGAGAAUGAAGAAACCUCAAUGAGUGAGGACAAGCCAACAGUUCCCAGAGCUGAUGCUGUUCCUGAUCCUGAACUAAGUGGAGAAUCUUUGACAAUGUAG